CUCUUUAUCUCUUGACAGGCAGGUCCAUGAGRUCCAAUCUUACAUGGGGCGCCUGGAGACUUCAGACAAAGAAUCUGUGCACUUGGUAGAAAAUGAGAUCCAGGCAAGAAUAGACAACAUAUUCAGCAACUUGGAACGCCUGGAAAUCCUGUCCAGCAAAGAACCUCCCAACAAGCGGCAGAAUGCCAAACUGCGAGUUGACCAGCUGAAAUACGACGUGCAGCACCUGCAGUCAGCCCUGAGGAACUUCCAGCACCGCCGCUACCAGCGGGAGCAGCAGGAGCGACAGCGGGAGGAGCUGCUGGCCCGCACCUUCACCACCAACGACUCUGACACCACCAUCCCGAUCGACGAAACCUUGCAGUUUAAUGAAUCCCUGCAGAAUGCCCACCGAGGCAUGGAUGAGCUUAUUGGCAGUGGCACCAACAUCCUGCAGGGCCUGAGGGACCAGAGAGUCACGUUAAAGGGCACUCACAAGAAGAUCCUGGACGUUGCCAACAUGCUGGGCCUGUCCAACACGGUGAUGCGGCUGAUCGAGAAACGCGCCUUCCAGGACAAGUUCCUCAUGCUGGGGGGGAUGGCCGUGACCUGUGUCAUCAUGUUCCUCGUCGUGCAGUAUCUGACAUGAGCUGCUGAACUCCUGCAAGAGGACUGUCCCCAGGACUGACUUUCCUCUGGGUGCUGCUUUGAAUGAGAUGUUCCCAUGGACUUCAGAGUUUACAAAUCCUACUCGGACAGUGUCAUAUGGAAAGCACGUCAGGAAAUGGAUGUGUGUGGGGACGCUGUGCUUGAGAAUGGCCCUGUGCAAAUAACCCCCGGCCUUUGCUGCUCUCACCUCAAGUCUGCAGCUUUAAGAGUCUGGUUUAUAGGAAACAGAAGUGAACACUGUGCCCAGCUGUAGCAAGGCAGGAAUGUCCCUUUGGGCACAGAGAUGGGAGCAUGCAAAGGCACAGUGUAGGAUAUAGCGAGUCUUGUGCUCGCCAACACUGACCUGCCCCUGUGCUUUGCAGUGCAAGAAUGGCACAGAGGAUUUCAGUGUUCAUGGGCCUGAAUUCAGCCUGUGGGACUGAGUGUACAAAAAGAGUUAGGAAUGAAGGGUUCCUGUCUGCUGUUCCAUUGAGAGGACGAGGAGGAGGAUGUAUGGGGAAGAUUCUUAGAGCACGGUUAUAAUCUCAGUUAACUUCACACACAGUAUUAACCAGCACAGUCCCUCUGGUUCUGUACCUCUCUCUGCCCUGCAGCUUCCCAGGGGAUGCCAAGUGCCACGCUCCUUCCCUCUUCCAUUGGGACACACGUCAGGCCUGUGGCAUCUCCCUGGGCCUCCUGCCAAAUCCAGCCUCCAGAACUGACAUUUCUAAUGCUGGAGCACAAAGGUUUGGGGAGCUGUGUUCAUUUCCUGAGGUGCCGAUUGGAUUURGGGCUCUGGAGCUGGAGCUUCUGAGUGGAUGGAGCAGGUGAGUCUCCCUGUGUUCCCCAGAGGUGGGGAAUUGUUCACAGAGYUGGAACGGGUUCUUCACACCAGAGGAAUGGUGGGAUCAGCACAACAAGCUUGGCACUGAAAAUCAGCCCUGGUCAGGGGAGUUCCCUCAAGUUUGUGCCUUGGGAUGGUGUCAUCCCCAUCCUUGGGAAGGGUGUUCCCUGUGGUCCCCUCUGCACCUGUGGAGUUACUCUGAAAGACUCUCGGAUGUGUUGCCUCCUGGGGGUGGUGCUGGCUGGGACUCAUCUUGGGGUCACUCCCUGUCUCAGUGAACUGGAGCUGUGACAUCCUUGUACCAGUCCAGCCCUGCUUUCCCUGCAGCUUCAGGGGUGGCUGAUAGWGGGGGCAUCCUGGGAUUUUGGGCAUCAUCCAUUUCAAUCAGCCUCCAGAUCCAUUCCCAWCCCGAUGUGUGACAAAUCUGGAACAUUCCCCAGUGUCUGACAGUGRCACAGAAGUGUCAUAACCAGAUGAUGUGGCCUUGUGCUGGCAAUUYCUUCCUUGCUGUCUGUCUGRAAUGGUUGUGGGUCUCUGGAGUAGUAACUAAUCACAAGUUCUACAUUCUGUCCUUACUGCAUUGAGCUUUGCUUUCAUUAUGUGACCUGUUGCAAACUGGCAGAAUGGGUUUUAAUAAUUGAAAAAAAUACAGGUUUUUAGAGAAUAUGGGCAAUGAGACAGGGCUGUGCUGGUGAGCAGAGCUGGGGUGGCCCCAGCCAUGCUUCUGAAGUGUUUCCUGCUCUUAGCAGGAACUUUUUCCAAGUUUUCCAAGGAAAUACUGUAGCAGAGCAAGCAUGGACCUGGUUUUCAUUUGAGCCCAAGGAAGUAAGGAAUUACAAGGAAAAGAGGGAGUCUGCAGUGAUGGAGCAUCUGUCUUGCUGUGUCUAAUAGAAAUCAUAAAUCCAAAUUUGCCUGAAAUUUAUUUUGGAUAUGAAAUCCAUGGAUUCAGCCCUUGAAAGGGCAGCUGAGCACUUGUAAGGGGUCUCAGGCAAAUCUCAGUUCCGCUUAAUUUUAGUGUUGGGRUUUAGAAUUUAAGGCUGUCAUUGUUUAAAGCUGCUGUCGUUACGACCUGGUGUAGCAGGGUUUGUCCUACACCAAGGUGGGACUCUGGCCAAUCUCUUUGCUUUUGGACUAUGGUAGGAGCCAUAAAGUAUUUGGAACUGGAUUUUUUUUUCUGUUUCUGAGCCUAGCUUGGCAUUUUAAUACAUGUCUUCCUGUUAAUUUAUUUUGCCUUCUGGAGUCUCCUUGUCCUUGCACAGGCUGAUUUCCCCUUGGUGAGCCAAGUGUCCUUGCUACCCAUGGCAUCCAAAGGUGACAUUUGGGGCUUGAAGGAACCACCUGAGGAACUGGAUAUGGUGACRUGUGACCUCAAACACGUUUGUAGUGCCUGUGAAGUCCAAAGAGAUUUCCAAGGACAUCUGUGCUCUCAGGUGGUUUGUGUGAAACCCCGAAAGCCUCCACUGUGGUGGGACAUGGCAGGGACACGAGCAGUUCCUUCAAGCCCCACAUCUCCCCUUUGGACGCAGUGGGAAAUGAGCUGGAGCCCUGGUGGGAUUGUGAUCCCUGCCAAAGGAAAUAAGCUGGAGCUGGAGCCCUGGAGGCUUUGCUGCUGCUGCUCUGUGAUGUUUCCUUCCUCACUAAACACCUCACUUCUGCUUCUGAACUGUGGCAUGAGUUCCAGCUCUGGGAUAAGCUGCUGUCUCAGGAGGGGACUCUGKGGGAAUUCACUUGCCUCUGGAAAAUAACUUUUUAUGAGUAUUUUAUACAUAAAGGAGCAAGGGUGGAACAUGAUUCAUGUGAUGUUCUGUGAAUAAAGAUUUUUUCC